AUGACCUACACCAAGCUUGACUCUGAGCCUGGAUACCAAGUGGACACACUUCCCUCGGAACACUGGCCAUGCGAAGGAAACAUCACAUUCCGCGAUGUGUCGAUGAUGUAUUACCCGGGGGGACCUAAAGCGCUGAGGAACAUCAGUCUUGACAUCAAAGGAGGCUCAAACAUAGGUGUUGCAGGCCGCACGGGUGCCGGUAAAUCAUCUUUUGCAGCAGCUCUUUUGCGCAUGCCCGACACUGACGGAGAUAUUCUCGUGGAUGGCGUUCAGAUAAAGAAUAUUAAUCUCCAAGUAGUUCGAGGAUGCAUAUCCGCUCUUGGCCAAACUCCGGUGCUUUUCAGUGGAUCAUUGAGGACAAAUCUGGAUCAUGGGAACCGCUUCAAAGAUGGAUGUGCAACUAAUAGAUUUGCCAGUUUACUGCUUGGCCGAUAUUCCAACAAUUGA